UCCAGACUGUGACAGCUCCUCGAAGCCUCUUGCCUCGGCAGGCCUGCUCCCCAACCGUUACGACGACGACGACGACGACAAGAAGAACCGCGAGGGCAGCGCGUCCACCAGGUGUAACCUGACUAGCCAGAGCGGCGUUGAGAGUGGAUCAGACAGCGAGCGCGAUACCAGAAGCGGCCACAAGAGGUUCUCUCUCGCCGGUCUCGAGACCUGGCGAUGGGACAGCAGCCAGGACACCAUAUACGACGCCGUCGUGGUUCGAACCGCCAAAAUCGAAAGGUCGCCCACAACGCUGUCACUCAAAACUCAAAACUCUCAGAGUUCCAAGGAGAGCUCCACGCCGCAUAUUCUAAGAAAGGAGUCCCGCAUCACGCUUCCACGUACACCUUGGUCUUGGUCUUCUGGACUCAUGACGGAGGAAGCCUUUAUUUGUGAUCACGGCAUAGGGAAGCCCUCAGGGUACAGAUUCGUCAUCGAGACAUCGCCCUGCGGGCAUCGCGAAGAGUUUGAAUGGCGAAAAUCCCACGGCGAGGCCAUCGAGAGACUCGAUGGAUCGUGCCUCGGGGGCUGGAAACUGGUUAGGAUUGGGGCUUUUGACAAACAGGGCAGAUCCCUGAAGCGCCAUUGCAAAUCCAUCAAACAUUUCCCCGCUUACACGGAACACCAUAUCACGCCGUCUAGCACCAGCAAGAGAUCCUCCUGUACUACAUCCCAGCAGAAUGAGAGGGUGGAGCUUUUGAGGAACCAGACUUUCGACGAUCAGACAACACCAGUACAGACAGACAGCGACGAAGAAGGGGACAAUUUCAAACUGCCUUCAACAGAUACGAUUACGGGCACAGACGGAAAUGAAGUUGUGGCCGCGUGGGUCAUGAGCAGUAGGCGGCAGCGCCUGGCGUCAUGCUUCACCAACACAAAGAAGUUCCGAUUCGCGUUCUACGGCACGGGUGCGUCAGGAGUGCUAGGCGAGCGGUUCGCCCUCAUGACACUGAUGACGGCGUUGCGAAUGUGGGAUCUCCACCGCCGCUCGGGGACCAGCUUAGCUUACUGCCGACAGCUCGCGGGAUGCUGUAGAUAGGAUCGACACUACACGCAUUUUUUACGACCAAAUAAUGGCCUCGGACGAAAUCGUGGUUUCACUAGUUUCUCAAUGGAGGGACAGGGGGAAGAGGGUGAGGGGUUGGGAUUGAUCGUGUGAUAGAUUGCAGGUGCAUUGGCGAUCUCUAGAUGUAGUUAUAGAUUGCCGAGUGACGGAAAAUGGGUAACCUCUCAACGCUUUAGACUGUUGGAAUGAAUUUCAUGUUCGUCAUACUGCCGGCCACACCGGUACGACAAUGUCGG